UCUCUCAAUUUAUCUUUUACAAGUGAUUUGUCGACUAAUUAAUAAAUUUUAUUUCCAACUCAAAGUAGUAUCCUCACCACUUACGACAUCUUACUGAAAACAUUUCCGUUUUAGACUGUGCAGGAAACGAAUUACAGAAGGUAUAAGAGGGCGAACUACUACUUCUACCAACAAGGAUAUUGGUAAAACAGCUGGAUCUUCGAUAUUGAUUACAAAUUCAUCGGGAUCUUACGAUUCAAAAUGGUCACUGUAUCCUUUGGAUAAGUCGGAGCAUUCUCAAAUGAGUCAUUUAGAGCUGAGUCUUUUCAAAAAACAUGCUAAACAUUUACAAGUCGAUCAGCAGAAAAACAUUUACGACGUCAUCGACAGUAUUGAAUGGAACUACUUAGUGACGGAAGCACAUCUUGAGAAAGCACUGCAUAUACUCAAUGACCCUAAAUGCGAUAUUAAAAAAUUGGUUGAUUCAGAAAUUACUCUUCUUAUAAAUGCCACUGGAUGUCGAUGUCAAAUGUUAUCUGCAGCUCAAAGAAACGAAUAUACUAGUCGUUUACUUCAUAUCCUUAAAAUGCGAGGUGUUGUGUUAAACAUUACUGCUCAAAAUGCUCUGCUUGCUGCUCAGGUUGAUAACCAGGUAAAUGUCGAUGUAGUGGCAACACUGAAUCAGUUCGAAUCAGAUGGGCUUGUUCCCGACGCGCAAACAUACGGUCAGCUUUCUCGAAUUUACGCGCAAAAGGCCGACUCGAAGGGAAUAAUUGAAAUAAUCAAGCAUGUCAGAAAUAUUGGAAUAGAACUGUCAAGUCAGAUACUUGAAUCUUUGGUUUAUAGUUUGACGAUCUCAGGACAGGAUGAGAAAGCGAAAUUAAUUAUUAAACAUAUCACAAGUAAUAUGUCCCUGACAGAUAGUUUGAAGAUGGCUUACACAUUGGCGAAAGUGGAAAACGCCGAUGGUGAGAAUGUUCUAGAGUUGCUGGAUGAAAUUGCGGAUAUCAACGCUUUCAUGCAGAAGCACCAAAUUUCGAUGUAUGAAUUAUUAUUUUCUCUUGCUAGAAAAGGGAACGUGGAAGCAAUUGUAAAGCUAAAAAGUCUCCUUCCAUCUUUAUCAGAAGAUGUGGACAGACAGUGGUGGUCCAUAGUUUACAAUAGAAUCCGUGGAUUUUUGAGUAAGGAAGAGGAAAAUAUUGCGGCAGCUGCGUUAUUACUUGAUUUUAUUCCGGACAUUGAAAAGCAGUCAAAAUUGCGAUCCAUUUUAAAAAAGCAGUUCUUAUCGUCUAUUCAGAAGAAGCAGAUUGCAGAAGUUGUAAGAGUAUGCAUAGUCUUCCAGAAAUGCAAUAUUUUGAAGCAUCCAUUUCGAAUCUAUUUAAACGACGUAGCUUUAAAUACUCCCAUGGAUUUUCACGACCUCUUCGCAAUUUAUAAGCGAACGGAUGAUUUUGUAGAAUUGCAGAAUCGUCCUCAUUUACAACUUCCAGUCGCCGCACUACAUUUCAGUGAGUUGAUGAAAGCUGAAACAACAGAUAAGAAAGUUGAACACUUAUCAGAGAUUGCACGUUCGCUUCGGAUUACUGGAAUUGCAUCUUGUGGUGACAGACAUUUUGUAAAUGUGAAAGAUUUGUUCAUUGUUCCGCUUUUGAGAGAUAUGAAUAUUCUGCCGCAGUUGAUGCAAAAAGUUAAAAAUGAUAACUCCCUGCAGUGUUUUGUGGUUGACGUUCUCAUUACUUAUUUGUUGGCAACGAAACAAAUGCAACAACUUCAAUUACUGCUUCAUGGGGUUUUGAAGAAUUCUUCAGCAGGCGAGGCAUAUCCUUAUCGAGAAGUGAAAAAUCUUGUUCUCAACACGUCAGUUUACAACAAAAGCCUUAUUCCAGUUUGCAGUCUUUUACGGCUGCUUUUUCCAUUACCCGGUGCGAGCAAUAAUCGUCAGUAUGGAAAGGGAAUGCAAAUAAUCAAAGCAGCCAUCGUUGCGGGUGAUUUGAAUAAAGUCAAAAUGAUGUGUGAAUUGUGGUCUGCUGAUAAACGAAUUGUUCUUCGAAAAAUCGACAAAGACGAUCUUUUGCAUACUCUUGAUGGAAAUGGUGAAAUCUCAAAGAAACAGUUUGUAAUUACAUUAUUGGAAAAGGAAUCGUCUUUGAAUACAAAAGUUCGAAGAAGUAAACAUUGCACGAAUAAGAAAUUAAACAAUUUAGACAUGGUUGCAACAAGUCGUGUUACCAGGCAAAAGUCUAUGGGGAAGAUAGAAAAUGCGAGUCGAAAACGCAUAGAAGCAGAACUGCAGAAUGCACUUGAUAAUGAUGAUUUGGAAAAGGCAAAGGAAAUUUGGGUUUCUGGAUCGGAGCAUGCAUCUCCAUCUAUAGGGUUAUUGUUGGCUGAAAAACUAUAUUAUUCGAAAAUGAUGGAUCAAUUUAAAUGCGUCCUUUUGAAACUUAACGAAUUCCAUGAAGAUCUUUCCUAUCAUGUGCUUGCUGCUUACGACUCAUCGGACGCAUCAGAUGUGCGAAUUAUGUUCUUAAAUGAAACUAGUAAGGUACUGGAUCUGCAUUUAAAUGUUAAGCAGGAGCUUUUAUAUAAUACAAGAGUUAACGCAUUUCACCAAUUAAUUGAAAAAGGUGAUCUAAGGCAAGCUCUCGAUUUAUUGAAAAUAAUUAGUGCUCAAAAAAAUUCGGUGUAUGGUCAGUUUGAUUUGAUGGGUGCGGCAAUCGAAAGAGAUGACACAACGAUUAUUUCUGAAGUGCUUAAUUUGAUCACGACCUAUCACGGCAAAGAAUCAUCACUGGCUGAUUUUUGCAUUGCUUUAUUAGAACGUUGUAAAAAAACUCAUGCAAUGCGACUGGUGCAGAAUAGUGAUUUCCGACUUUCUGGUCCGAAGCUUAGUUAUUAUAUUGACCGGGAAAUCGAUUUAGAUCGGAUAGAAGUUAUCCUUGAUUUAUUCGAAUUAUGCACUCCAAAAAAGAAUAUGGAACAACGAGAUUUGGAAAAUGCUCUAUCCAAGAUAGUCAUUUUCUGUGUUAAGCGGGAAAAUAAAGCGAUGAUUACGUUAGUUGAAGAGAGAUUAAAAUGUAUUGGUGUACGAUUGACUCCGGAAAUGAAUUCAUUACUGUUGAAAUCAAAAGGGCAGGAUUCUGGCAUCACUGAUGAUAAAAAUACACCAUUGUCAUAAUUUUAUUAGCCAAUCGUGAUUUUAAAUAAUUAAAAUAGACUCACUUGAACCAUUUUGC